CUUACACAAUGUAGUAUUUACUAUUACUCAGUUAAGUUGGUCAGUAGAGUAAAGGGAUUGGGUAUUACAGAUUGUAUGUUUCAAGCAGCUUCAUUAAUAGCUCUGAGGCCUUGAACAAAUCUGUAUUCCUCACUUCCCAGCUUUUUAAUAGGUAAAAUUGGGGUGUUACAUGAGGAUCUACAUGACUAAUCAACCCCCAUUUUAAGAGCCUGUUAAUUACUGGGUGGAUCUUUUGUAUAGCAUCUGGGGCUAGCAGUCUGUUUCAAUUUCACUUUUACAAAUGUGUUAAUGUCAUGCCCCCGCCUGCCCUCACACCCGGACUUUCGGGUUGACUUGCCUUAUGAUAUUUUGGGGGGAAUUUUCUCUUUUAAAUACUAGGAUAUGUUGUGAUAAUGACCUGAGUUCAAUUCCUUGUUACCUAGGAACUUGAAUUUCUAAUUUGUCCUAUUCUGAACCUACUGUGACCCCCAAUUUGUCUAAAGUAUCUCAUCCUAAAAGAAUAUGAGACAUUCUGGCACAUAUCAGAAAGAGUGUUUUAAGAGCUUUGAUCCUAUUUCACAAGUCAAAGGAUCCAGAAACCUUUUCAUGUCUCCUUUUCCUGAAAUUCCUUUCAUAUUACAAUUUUUGUUAGAAAGGCUACCCUUCUGGGUGUUGAGUACAGAGAAAGUAACUCCGGUAUCAAGUUAAAACUCAAACAACUUCCCUCCACUGUCCAGGUUACUCAGGGCUUCUUGUGGGAGAUGAGAAUCUAAUGGUCCAAGACCAGUUGGGGAGCCUUGUGGCCCUAACAUAUCUCAUCUUCAGUGAGGGACAGCCGAAAUGAUUGCGCUUUGCCCUUCUUUCUGUUCCGGGAGUGGUUUGGGCAGUCCUGUUUCCAUUGCUCUUCCUGGUUACAAUGUGCACAUUGAUUGGACCCCAACUUUGUUGGUGGUCUCUUGGUCCCAUGGAGGGGGCUUGGGGCACUCACUCAUGGGUAUCAUCUUUUCCUCUCCCAGGUUACUUCGUGUAGGCUGGAGAGCUCCCACCGAAAGAGCAACUUGCUUUCUCAUCUUCUGGUCUUCUUUUACAUCCUCCAUCACAUCCAGUUAUGGAACACCUUGAAAGCUAGUUCUGGAAGCUGAGCAGGGAAAGAACAGGACAUUUUACCUGCUGGUAUGAAGAGUAUCUGUAGGCAAGGAGCUAGAGAGGAGGCAGGAUCAUUUAUGACUCAUCUCUGUUCUGUUAUUUCUCAGUUGUAUCUUCACACGUUUUCAUGCUUCUUUACGAAAAGCAGAAAAUGAACAAACCCCAGGGGUCACUGUCAUUUGGAGAUGUGACUGUGGACUUCUCCCAGGAAGAGUGGCAGCACCUGGACCCUGCUCAGAGGACCCUAUAUAGGGAUGUGAUGCUGGAGAACUACCACAACUUUGUCUCAGUGGGGUAUCCCAUUAAAAAGCCAGAGGUGAUCUUCAAGUUGGAAGAAGGAAAGGAGCCAUGGAUAUUAGAGGAAGAAUUUCUAUACCAGAACUACCCAGAAGAACGCAGAGCUUAUUACGUAGCAGAGAGAAUCCAGAAAAACCAAGACAAAUACUUGCCACAAGUUUUAUUCAACAACAAAAAAGUGACCUCAAAGAAAGUUUAUGCUUUAAGGAAAUCAUCUAAUAAAAAUACAGAUUUUAUUCCUUCAAGAAAAAUACCCUGUAAACAUGACUUACAUGGAAUGAAUUUGAAAAAUAUUUUAGUAUCAAUUGGUAGUAAUAGAUAUUUUUCAAGGAAAAAGCCUCACAUGUUAAAUGUAUAUGAGCAGUUACUUGAUAUUAAGCAGGAAAAACCUCAUACUCAAGAGGGUUCUCAUGAAAAUAAUCAAUAUGAGAAAGCCCUUGGUCAUAAGAAUGGUAUUAUUCAGCAUGUAAAUACUCAGUCUUCAGAGAAGACUUUAAAAUAUGAUGGUGGAAAAUCCUUGGGAAAAAAGACCACAAUAAUUCCACACAAGCAAAUUGACACAGGAGAGAAACUCUGUGAAUAUAAUGGACAUGGAGAAACCUGUGAGAAGUCAUCUCGCUUGAAAUGUCAUGGGGUUUCCUUUGAAAUGAAACAAUGCAAAGGCAAUCAAAUUGAAAAUAAUUUCAGCAGGAUGUCACAUUUUACUCAAGUUCAGAAAAAAAAGAGAUGUGAGGGUCUAUUCAAAUGUAGUGAAUGUGGGAAAACAUUCAGCUACAAGUCAAACCUCACAGUGCAUCAGAAAACACACAUGGGAGAGAAACCCCAUGAAUUUAAUUCAUGUGGGAAAACGAGUCAUAAGUCACCCCUCACAGACCAUCAGUUAGCACAUAUAGGGGAGAAACUUUAUAAGUAUAGUGAAUGUGGGAAGUCCUUUUGCAAGAAGUCAUCUCUUACUCAACAUGAGGAAACAAACACAGGGAGGAAACCCCAUGAAUGCAAUGAUUGUGGAAAAACUUUCUGCAAGAAGUCAGCCUUCACUCAACAUCAGAGAACUCAUACAGGAGAGAAGCACUUCCAACGUAAUGAAUGCAGUAAGACCUUCCAUCGCCAGUCAGACAUUAAGGUACAUCAGAGAAUUCACAAAGGAGAGAAACGCUUUCAAUGUAAUGAAUGUGGCAAGACUUUCCAUUGGCAGUCAGACAUUAAGCUACAUCAGAGAAUUCACACAGGAGAGAAACCCUUUCAGUGUAGCAAAUGUGGUAAAACUUUCUAUCGGCAGGCAGAUGUUAAUGCACAUCAGAGAAUUCACACAGGAGAGAAACGCUUUCAAUGUAAUGAAUGUGGUAAGACUUUUUAUUGGCAAUCAGACGUUCAUGCACAUCAAAGAACUCACACAGGAGAAAAACCCUUUCGGUGUAAUGAAUGUGGUAAAUCUUUCCAUCGGCAGUCGGAUGUUAACGUUCAUCAGAGAACUCAUACAGGAGAGAAACGCUUUCAAUGUAAGGAAUGUGGUAAAACUUUCUAUCGUCAGUCAGACGUUAAUGCACAUCAGAGGAUUCACACGGGACAGAAACCCUUUCAAUGUAAUGAAUGUGGUAAAACUUUCUAUCGGCAGUCAGACGUUAAUGUGCAUCAGAGAACUCACACAGGAGAGAAACGCUUUCGAUGUAAUGAAUGUGGUAAAACUUUCUAUCGGCAGUCAGAAGUUAAUGUUCAUCAGAGAACUCACACAGGAGAGAAGCCCUUUCAAUGUAAUGAGUGUGGUAAAACUUUUUAUCGGCAGUCAGAUGUUAACGCACAUCAGAGAAUUCACACAGGAGAGAAACCUUAUAAAUGUAAUAAAUGUGGGAAAUCCUUUUAUGAGAAAUCAUCCCUCACUCGACAUGAGAGAACUCACACAGGGGAAAAGCCCUAUGAAUGUAAUGAAUGUAGGAGAACCUUCUGCCAGAAGUCAGCCCUCACUCAACAUCAGAGAACUCACACAGGAGAUAGACCCUUUCGAUGUAAUGUAUGUGGUAAAACUUACCGUCAUCUGUCAGCCAUUAAUGUACAUCAGAGAACUCACACAGGAGAGAAGCCCUUUCAGUGUCAUGAAUGUGAGAAAUCUUUUCUUACAAAGUCGACUCUUAUUAAUCAUCAGAGAACUCACACAGGAGAAAAACCCUUUGAAUGUAAUGAGUGUGGGAAGAGUUUUCGUCAUAAAUCUACCCUCACUACCCAUCUGAGAAUUCACUCAGGAGAGAAACCUUAUAAAUGCUGUGAAUGUGGAAAAACUUUUGGCCGGAAAUCAGCCCUUACUAAUCAUCAAGGAAUUCACCUAGGGUAGAAACUCUGUAGCAGAAACUUGCUGGGUUUUUCCUCAUACCCAUUUUUCUUUGUGGUUACCUACUAGUCAAGAUUUUGUGGCUUUCCAUUCACAUGAGGCCAUGUGACCUCUGGCAUAAAUUCCAAGCCUGUUUGAAAUUUUUCCUACUUCCAUUUUUCUUUCCAUAUCAAAGGGUAUGGGGAUCACCCUCAGGGUACUUGGGAGCUAGUCAUUAGAGAUUAUAGAUUCACAGGUUUGAAGAAACCAGUGUCCUGGGCAGAGUUCUGCCUUCUCUAACAUCCCUUGUAAGUCUUGUCAUGAACCAGAAAUAAAUUUCAGAUUUGUUCAGACAUUACAGGUUUAGGGCUUUUUGUUGUCAUAGUAUAUCCUAGCCAUCCCUUAUUUCAUAUACCCUGUGAAUCUAAUGAAGGCAUGAGAAACACUGUAUGUCAGAGAAUUCAUUAGGGGGGAAAUUGCUCUCAGUAUUCUGCAUCUUAAUAAACUUUGAUGAACAAGUCAAGCAUUUUGUAAAUCAGAAAUUUACAAAUUGAGACACCCUAAAAUGAAAUGAAUGUAGGAGAAUUUUCACAAUCUGCUUCUGAUUGGCCAUCAUAUAAUUGAGAAUAGAAGCUAAUAACUUGAAAAGCACUUCAAAAUUUAUUUAUCAGAGAAUGCAUAACAAAGGAAAAUUGUCAGUUUAGGAAGUGAGGAAAACAUCCUUGUCUAGAAAUAAUCUUGUUCUAGAAGCAAUGUUUUGGAUGCAAUACUAAAUAAUCUUAUUAAUAAUCUACCAUGGGAUAUUUAUUUGACCACAAUGAGCAACAUGUGGCUUUGAGACUGCACAGGUGAGUUGAGACAUCAAAGUAACAGCACUAAGUGUCUAUGUGAAUAAAAUAGCAGCACUUUGUAAACAUCAGCACUAAGUGUAUAUAUGAAUAAAGUAAUAGCACUAAGUAUAUAUGUGAAUAAUAUAUGUAAACAAAGUAACACCACUAAGUGUCUCUGUGAAUAAAGUAACAGCAUUAUGUGUUUAGGUGAAUAAUAAGCCUCUGAGCUUAAUUAGGCUUAAACAUAUGAGUGUGCCCUUCAACGGCUACAUUCUAUUCUUGAUUUUUGUUUUAGGUUCCAAAAUAGUUAUAGUAGGAACAAUGCACUCUUACCUAAAUAAUUUUUGUGACAUACACUAUGUUUUCUGACACCAACUGGUAUUGUCCCAUCACAUACUUAUACCACAAUAUGUAUUUUUUAAAGAAACGUGGAAUGCGUGAAAUACUACAUGUUGUGUAUAUUUUCUGCUUUCUGGUGGCACAUGUAAAUCAGUGCAGGCAUUGUUAACAGACCGUUCUUUUAGUAAAUAAGCCAAAUAAUGACUGAUAAAAUCAAGAAAUUUACUUGAUGUAUACAGUGAUUCAGUACACAUUUAAAAUACACACCUGAAUCAAUUUUCAACAUUGGUCUUGAACAUUAGGUACAGAUUAAAAGCAGUGCCCACUGAAGAAAUUUUCCCCACUUUAUAUUUGUGUUAUGUCCAAAGAAUACUUAUAUAAGUUUUAAAAGUGAAGUUCAAAUUGUAUGUGAGCAAAGAACUAUCUGCAUUUGUAUUUAGUGUAGUAGAAUGCCACAUAUUUCCUCCUACAGUUAUACAUGGUCUUUUCAGACAAGCCAUUCUGUGUGUCACUUAUUAUUUGAGUGACCUAUGUAGUGAUUUAAUGUCUGCCUCAAUUUCCUCAUCAGCAAAAUGGAGAUGAUAAUAUCUACCUCACAGAUACUGAACGGUUAGGGUCAGAGUUUUCUGUUACUAGAGCUAAAGGCAUUUAUGUUUAGAAUUUGAACAUUAGAAAUAAAAUGGUCUGUCAUCCUGCAGUAUGAAAUGUGUUUCUGCUUCUUGAGUUGGUACGAGAAGAUUCUUAUUAAAACCUUCUGUUUUGUCAGGUUUGUCCUUAAAACAUACAAAACAAAUAUAUUUAAAAUAAAUGGAAUAAUCUACU